AUGCUUUUCAAACCAAUUCCAGUACAAUGUCCAGAAAAAUUUUCAUUUCCACGUCAAUGUAUUGCAUUGAAAUUUAAUGGAUCUUGGCCAUUAGAUGGAAAAAAAGAUAUUUUUUCGAUUUUAUAUUUAUCUUUAUCUUGGUACAUCAUCUUUAGUGUUGGUCUAACAAUAUAUUUUCAAUUUGAAUAUUUAGUUUAUAUAUUCGGUGAUAUUAUGAAAACAACUGAAAAUUGUUGUACAACAUUCAUGGGUGCUAUGAAUUUUGUACGUAUAUUACAUAUGCGUCUAUAUAAUAAUGAUCUAAAAGAAUUAAUUGAUGAUUUUACUCAUAAAAUAUGGAUACCAACUGGCAAACAUAAAAAAAUCGAAAGACAUAUUGAACAUAAUAUGAUUAUAUUCCGUGGUCAGUCAGUUCUAAUGAUACUCUUAAUAAGUUUAUAUUGUACCAUGCCAAUUGUUGAAUUGUUAUUUUUAAAUUCGGAAUUAGAUGAAAAACCGUUCCCAUAUAAAAUGAUAUUCUUUUAUGAUGCUCAAAAACCAAUAUAUCGUUAUGUAUUAACAUAUAUUUUUACGGCAAUGGCUGGUGUUGCUGUUGUUACAACAUUAUUUGCUGAAGACAGUUUAUUUGGUUAUUUUGUUAAUCAUUGUUGUGGUCAAUUUCAAAUAUUAGGGGAAGAAGUUGCUAAAGUUAUGCCACGUGGAUAUGAGAACAGUUUAAAAAAAUAUGGAAGUAAUGGAUUAACAGAAGCUUUGGUUCAACGUGAAUAUAAUUAUGAAUUACAUAAGAUCGCAAAACGACAUAGUACACUAAUAGAAUUUUGUGAUAAAUUAGAUAAAUUUUAUAGCCCAAUUAUGUUGGCGAACUUCUUAAUAAGUUCAGUUCUCAUUUGUAUGGUGGGAUUUCAAAUUGUUACUGGUAAAAUGUUCAUUGGAGAUCUUUUAAAAUUCAUAGUUUAUAUAAUAUCAAGUUGUUCUCAGCUUUUUGUACUCUGCUGGAAUAGUGAUGCAUUAAUUCAAAAUUCUUUGGAAAUAUCAUGGAAUUUUUAUUCUUGCAAUUGGGAAGGUGGAACUUUUGAAAUAGAUGAAGAGACACCUAAGCAAAAUUUACAACGUUUUUACUAUCCUGGUGGAGCAAUUUUUAACAAAAAAUUAACAUUUAUGAUUAUGAGAUCACAAAAACCAUGCAAAAUAACUGCAAUGAAAUUUAGUGUAGUAUCACUUCAAAGUUUUAGAGCAAUUAUGGGAACAUCAAUGUCUUAUUUUACGUUACUUCAGUCGCUUAUUGAAUAA